CACGAAGCUGGUACUUUUAAGACUCUUUUUUUGGAAGUUGUGUCGGAAGUUGCUGGUGCUAAUCCUUUUUCUGGUAUAAAAUGGGAACUUCUGGAUACGUUCAAUGAUACCGGUGGCUUUGAUAAUACAGGAUGUGGCUGAUAUUCUUCUUCUUCUGUCGAGCCACUGAUUCUUUGAUGUACUUUCACAAAGUCCUGGCUAUGCUUGUGGGGAUCGCAGAUCUUCAUGCUUUGAUUCUUUUUAUCUUUCGUUGCUCUUGAAUAUUUGAAGUUCCCGACUAAAUCAUCGGGUGAGAUCCACAGUGUCUUCUUACCUCCGUCUUCUAUCAAAAGGUUUUCGACUAAAACCGCCCCGGAUUUUUCGUCAAUUUGGACUAAUUUGCAAGGGAGAUUCAUCUCUCUUUCGUAGCAUGUSCUGUCAGAAGAACAAAAACGCAACUGAUGAGAGACAAAGGCGCAUCACAACCACAUUGCAGGUCUACUUGUUUCUCAAACUUACGCUCCCUCUACUAGAUCGGUUCUAACACGGAAAGCACCAUUUGCGAAAACACGCUUAUUCAAAUAAAAUUUGUUUUCAAUAAAUUUGCGUUCGCCAUUGGUUUUCACAUUUUCUUCACUUUCAUCGUCAAAGAAUCUAAUGCUCCCGUUAUUUGAACAUAGAACCCCCGUUCGGUAAAUCUUCUUUUCACCAUAGACUGGAUUUGGCCUUGUAUACCAAAGAUAUGAGAUGAGUUGUCCAGGUUGCGGGAUAAUGUAAGUAUCAUCAUCCUUUGGUUCAAAAGGUGGUGGCACAUGGGAUUCUCGUUUUAUUGUCUCCAAUUUCUCAUUAUUCAUUUUCAAUCGAUCGGAGGCUCUCUUUACUCCUGCGCAUCGAGCAAGUUGUCGAAUUUCUGGGUGAUUCCUUUUCAAACGCCGUCUUUGCUUCGAACAAUAUCGUGGUCUCUUGAUGAAAACAUCGGAUAUUUUUAUUUCGCUCUCGUGUUCUGAAGUUAAAGAACAUCUCCAAUGUUUUGUCGCUCUCUUCCGCUCAUUAUUCUUUCUUUCUCGCUCAAUUCGCUUUUUCCUUUGCCUUUUUAAUGUGGGCUGAAGAAGGAGGUUAUGCUCUAUCGUUGUUGACGGUUUCUGCCAGUCGUGUUGGAGUGUUUUCCGAGUUGAUCGCCUUUUCGAUGGUACGGGGACCUUGAACACUUUUUUCCCCAAUUCGAGCCUCUGCCUUUUCACGGGCUCGAUAGGCCUGCCAAUUUUUUCUGGAGGCGAGAACAUUUGUACAGCCGAUAUCUUGAUCAACUAUCGAACGAUUACUGAUGGCUUUCCAUUCGAUUUUUAUCAGAAAAAAAAACAGCUCCUCUUGAGAAAAACACACGUAAUUGAAAUUUGUUCCUUGAAAAGGAAAGGGGAGGAUAAUGUAACUUUCGUCUAGGAAGAAUUAAUGUACCGUUCGUAGAAGAAAAGGUACGUUUGUACUGAACUUUCGUACGGUACGGAAGCCCGAUUUUAGGUACGCUCAGGUAGCCAGGGGUCUGACGGUACGUAGCUACAACAUGAUGGUUGACACAAAGCAGAUCUGAGUUUCAAAUUACUCGAAGUAACAAAUGGUGCGCGAAGCUAUCGCACUACGUACGUAACGGACAUCUCUGCAAUUCUGUUUCGCUCUUCAUGAACAUCCUGAAGGGGAUUGGGAAACAAGCUUUUUGCAUUUUACUCAUAACCUGUUAUAUCGGAGCUCCAAUUCGUGCACGUCCCACUCGAUAGUCGAUUCAUCUGCCGGUGCCUAACGUACGAGUAGUACGUACGUGAGCGUACUUUCAGUAAAUUUUACCGAAAUACGARURCGGGUUCUUCAAUACUACCGUAAACUAUGGUACCAGGUACCGUACUUUGUAUUCCGCAUCAUUUUGCGAGCCAGGCCGCGCGCCAUCCGUCUCAGGUUGAAAACGGUUAGUCUAAAGCAGUUAAAAACUAGCUGCGCCCGUAAUUCCCGUUGCUCGAUAAUCGUAAUAUGGCUUAAGUACAUGUGUCACUGUUGCUAACGUAUAAUCAUUACGUUGUACAGCAGAUAUUUUGAGUAUGUAGUACACAGUGUAGCAGACAAGCACAAUGACCAAAGACGGAGAAGAAGUCAAUAGAACACASCGUAGCGGUGGCGUUAAAGAGCAAGGAGGGGUACCAACUCGUUCGAUCAAAGACUACGGUACCAUGUUCUCCUUUGGAAGCAAGCGAGAGGACCUUGUUCAUGUUGCUCCAGACAGAUCGUCAAUCGCAGGCAAUCCAUAUCAGCAGUAUCAACUAGCRCGUCGAAACAGCGCCCCCCGACCGGGUGAACAAAAGGAUCCACGAAGUGGAAGCGUGGGAACAAAGGGUCGGAUGUUUUACAAAGGCAAGAAAUCAAGCACGAUAAACAGCAAGGGCGUCUCUAAAUCCCCUGGCCAACGGCCACAAGAGGGUAAACGAUACUCUACGAGUAAUGGAGGAAGUCAGCGUAAUAUUCGUACCAAUGAUAACAUGCCAGAUGUAAGCGUCAACGAGACAUCGAAUGGGAUAGAAGUAUCCUUUCCUGGCAUUCAAUCCUCUGGAAAUGCUCUUGGAAACAAAAUUAAUGCGAUGAAAGUGAAACCUGUAAUUUCUCUGAAAGAACGUAUUCGGGAGCGUCAAAGAGUAUAUAAAAAUCAAUUUUCUACUGUAGUAGCGACAUCUAGCAAUGUCACUUCUACUGCUGCGAAUGCGAACAACUGGAGGCCGAAGGGGCAUAGGAUUCCGUUGCUAGGGAUCUCUGCAGUCGACACGGCGUAUGCAGAUGCGCUGCAGUUGCUUAAAGAUGCACCUGCUGUCGACGAACGGAAAGCUGUGCAACAAGAGUUAAGUAUGCUUGAAACCGAGCUUUCUUCGUUGCAACAAGAUCGAAUGUGGUUGAAACAAGGCAUGAACGUCAGUAGAAGUAAUGCCGGGAGCGAUAGUAUUGGUAACAAGGAAAAUGUUUCGGGCACGUGGAACACCCACAAGUUGCUAAAAGACGAUGCUACCAAAAAGCAACCUUUGUCGGUAUCUGAGCGAAGCGCACUUCAAAAGCAACGUGGGACUUCCAUCACGAUUCAUUUCAGAAAUGCCAACACGAAGGAAAUCUUGGUUCACAAUAUUGUCGGCGAGCAGCAUAGUGCACAGAUAACAAGUCUGUGCAAGAAUGAUCACAGCAUCACAACAAUCAUGCCAGCCAACAAUCGCUCCGUAGAAAGCGCAGCGAUGAAUUUUCAGCAUGCGAAUUUGCUUUCCGCCACGGAUUCAAAGUCGAUUGAUUCGGGCUUUUACGUCUCUCGAGAUGUCGGUCAGUCGCAAAUUAUUGGGAAAUUGCCAAAUCGACUUGCUCGUCGGUUUCAGCAUGAUGAAGGAGUAACUACUGAUGCAGCCGAACGACCAAAAGUCGAGGAUUUGAUGUAUCUAAGCACUGGUUCACUUGGGUGUUAUUUUGCCAAAUUUCAGUCUGGAGAAUGUUGGUGGGGGUCAGCCGCCGAGGAUCCUGAUUUUCAGUAUGUUAUGCAAUCGUGGGAUGUUUAUCGAGUAGCUUUUGGUCCGAUUGAGACUAUCCAAGUUUAUCAACCGGAGCAGCAUCCCUCGUCCAAAAACAGUGGUGUCAGGUACAARUCAUUACCUAGUAACUCGUGGAUCAUUUUGAGUCACGAUGGAAGAGCGGUUUGGAAAAAUCUGCCCUCACAGCUCUCAAAGAUAUUGGAACGUAGAAUGGCAAAUUCGGCAGCACCUGUGGAGGUCUCAUUAGGACCAGGAGAUUCCUACUUCGUACGUUUUUUGGAUGGUUCUAUCGAUUAUUCCUUGCCAUCUAAGAUCGCACGAGCAUGCGAACGAAUCGAGGAGAGGGGUGGAACGAUCACCAAUGUUUGUCUGCAUCCUGACAUAUCUCAUGACUUCAUCAUUCGUCAUACUGAAUUGACGAGGUGAUUUUAUGGUGAAAAUGAAACGAUGUGCAAAACAUAGAUAAUGCAUAAGCAAUACCUACGGCGGGGKCAGGAUUAUUCGCGUUGAUCCCAACGCCAACGCCAUUUUGCCACGCUACACGUAAYUAACAGCGUGUAACAUAAUUACAAUAUAGUCACAACAGCUGU